AUGGCGACCAACGCGACAACUAACAGUACUCAGCGAGUCAGUCCGCAGGGUGGUAUCCUCGAAGGCGGCAACCCAACCCACUAUGACCCCAAGAACCCACUGGUCUUGUUUAUUAUCCAGAUUCGUCAGCCCCGAGUCAUCGCAGAGGUGAUCGGCGGCAUUGUUCUGGGCCCAUCGGUGAUGGGUCGCAUCCCCGGAUUUACUGAGGCGAUUUUCCCGACCACCAGUAUUCCCAGUCUCAAUGUAGUCGCCAAUUUGGGUCUGGUACUCUUCCUAUUCUUGGUCGGUCUCGAGACCGACCUCCGCUUCCUGAUCAGUAAUUGGCGGAUCGCUCUGAGUGUGUCCGCUGCGGGCAUGAUCUUGCCAUUCGGCUUGGGUUGCGCCAUCUCAUAUGGCCUCUAUCAUGAGUUUCAUGGUGACCCUGGUACGAAGCCUAUUGCCUUUGGUACCUAUCUGCUGUUUAUUGGUAUCGCCAUGGCCAUCACGGCCUUCCCCGUGCUGUGUCGUAUCCUCACCGAGCUCAAGCUACUCUCGACCCGUGUCGGUGUGAUCGUGCUGUCCGCCGGGGUGGGUAAUGAUGUGGUGGGCUGGAUCCUACUUGCAUUGUGUGUCGCUCUUGUCAACGCGGGUAGUGGUAUCACGGCGCUGUAUGUGCUGCUGGUCUGCGUCGCCUACAUGCUAUUUUUGACUUUUGCUUUCCGCCCGCUGUUCCUCCGCUUUCUUGAGAAAACAGGCAGUCUGCAAAAAGGACCCAGUCAGUCGGUGGUGGCCCUCACCCUCCUCAUUGCGCUGGCGUCGGCUUUCUUCACACAGGUUAUUGGUGUUCACGCCAUUUUCGGAGGCUUCGUGAUCGGCUUGAUUUGCCCGCACGAAGGCGGCUUUGCCAUCAAACUCACCGAGAAAAUUGAGGACUUGGUUGCUGCCAUUUUCCUGCCACUUUAUUUCACCCUGUCCGGUCUGAGUACCAACCUGGGUCUCCUGGACUCUGGAAUCGUCUGGGGUUAUGUGGUUGGUGUAAUCGCCAUCGCGUUCAUUGCGAAGGUCACCGGAGGUGCUGUUGCGUCUAGGCUCUGUGGACUCCUAUGGCGUGAAAGCUUCUCGAUCGGUGUGUUGAUGAGUUGCAAAGGCUUGGUGGAAUUAAUUGUACUGAAUAUUGGCCUCCAAGCCAAAAUUUUGAGCACGCGCACUUUUACAAUUUUCGUCGUGAUGGCCUUGGUCACCACAUUUCUGACCACUCCAUUGACAACUUUGCUGUAUCCGACGUGGUACCAAGUCAAGGUCGAGCGAUGGAGACGCGGGGAAAUCGAUUGGGAAGGAAACCCUGUCCAGCGCGACGACCGUAAUGACAGCGUUGCUCUUGCCAAGAAUCAGUUGAAGACGGUCCCAGUACGCAAGCUCCUCGUCUACCUUCGUCUAGAUGGUCUUUCGGGCGUCUGUACUGUCGCAGCCCUCCUCAGCUCAAAGCGACGGGCAUCCGUCUCGUCACGCAUUCAUCCCGCAAAGAUGCCAAAGCAGACCGAGCAGAAUGUUGAAGAUCCUAUUACCGCGGAAGAGGAGGAAGACACCCCACUCAAGGUGCACGGUGUCAGGCUGAUGGAAUUGACCGACCGUGAUUCUAGUGUCAUGAAGGUUGCUGCUGCAGGCGAACAUGCACUGUGGGAUCCGGUAGUGAACACCUUCCGAGCUUUCGGAGACUGGCAUGAUCUAUCCCUCAUGGCUGGUGUAUCCGUCGUCCCCGAAUAUUCUUAUGCAGACACUGUCAUCGGAAUGGCGCAGCAGGACACCGCAGAUAUGCUCCUCCUCCCCUGGAGCGAGACUGGAACACUAGCCGACCACCAUAGUGGGUUAGAGAUUGACGGCGCCAAUCGUUUCUCCAACGGAGCCUACACAAGCUUCAUUGCCGACAUCUUAGAGCGGGUCACAGGCCAUGUCGGCAUCCUAAUCGAAUACAGCCCAGCUUCGGCCUCAAAGCGACCCGUAAUCUCACGCACUCCCAGCGGUCUAAGCCUCCAGGGCUCCAUCUUCGCCCGCCAGCCAACCGGAAGCCGCUCCCACCACAUUGUACUUCCAUUCUUUGGCGGUGAUGACGACCGCUUUGCCCUUCGGUUGAUCCUGCAGCUCGCUAAAAACGAUCAAGUCACUGCAACUGUUAUUCAAAUUGGCGGGUCGAGCAGCGAGGGCACAAAAACAGGUGUCUCGACUACAAUCUCUGCCUCGAGCUCAAAUGCGCUCCCGUCCAGUUCUCAAUCGGACAUCGUUUUCCUCGAGACACUCCGUGAUUCAGUGCCAGAGGAACUGCAAGAGCGCGUCGUCUUCACCCAGCCAGCUGUGAAUGAGACAAUCACCGACCCUAUCCAAAUGGCUGUUGUGUCCGUCCGUGAAGAUCUUAACCACACGUUCAACAAGGCGAAUAACAUUGUCAUCAUUGGUCGUCGUAGUAUCUCUUCCGAGAUCGAGCUGGGUCUUGCGGAGGAUGGGAUUGGCCAUGAUACCCGCCGGGCUUUAGGAGCUGUCGGUACGGCGAUGGUACAGCCCGAAAGUAAGAUUUACGGCAGUGUGUUGGUGCUGCAGGCUGGUACCGACACGGGGUUGGCCGAUUACUAUCGCUGA